UCCUUAUACUAUAGUGGUGUUAUUUGCGACCUUACUAAACCGUUGUGUAUUGGAUAAAUUAUUUCUUUCUUCCUUGGAUAAUUUUCUUAACUGAUUUUUUUUUAUGACUAAAUAUAUAUGGACUAGAUCUAAUUAGAUCUUAUCUUGUUCAGUGAAUGAAAUGUGUGAAUCAUGACAGCCUAGACGGCUGGUUGCUUUGGAGACCUCUUCUGUUUCCUUAGAGACAGUGGUCACAUAAUUGCUGACACACCAUGUAGCAAGCUUCUUGGUGCCCAGGCUCUACAGACAGUGAUCAGCAUGGCUGGUCAUGAGUUCAAGCCUUCAAAUGUAGGUUUGAGUGCAUGCUAUUGUUUUACUAACUGGAGAAACUGAUCCUUUGGAUCUAUACAGUCCAGCUAAUACGAAGACUCAGUAUGGAUUCGUACAUGGUUCGUGUCUACGCUGGACCACUAAAUGAAGAAGUAGAAUCUGUUGCCAUUGAAGCAGAUAAAGGCACCACAGCUGAAGAUGUUGUUGGCCUGGCAUGUAGGAAACUUCGACUUGGAGGUGGGGAUACAAAAAAGCAUUACGAGUUGGCUGAAGUGUUUUCUUCGGGAGGCCAGCUGUGCAAAGAAAGGCGCUUGGAUUCUACAGAGAGUCCUGUUGGGUUACAGCUGUUGUGGCCAAAGCCCAAUGAGAUUGAACCUGGCAAAGGUUUAUUUGAUGGAUAUAGGUUUUACCUUCGAAAACGAGAUCCAGAAGUCCAGCCAGGUGGAUGGGUUGUCACCAAUCAAAGUGCUGUGGAUUCUUUCCUAAUGGCUUUUCUCACCCAGCCCCUGGCUGGUAAGGAGUUUCCAGAUUUGUGCAGCCUUCCUGAUCUCAACGAGAAAACACUCCUCUACAACCUAAAGUCCAGAUUCAACCAGAAAAACAUCUACACUUAUGUGGGCUCUAUUCUUAUAGCGGUGAACCCAUUCAAGUUCUUCCCCAUCUAUAACCCCAAGUAUGUUAGCAUGUAUCAAAACAAGAGGCUUGGAGAGCUCCCGCCUCACAUCUUUGCUGUGGCUGAUGCAGCGUAUCAUUCCAUGUUGAGAGAAAAACAAAACCAGUGCAUUGUGAUUUCAGGGGAGUCUGGCUCUGGGAAAACUGAGAGUACAAACUUGUUGUUACACCAUUUGACAGCUCUUUCACAUAAGGGAUUACAUGGGAGUGGGGUAGAGCAGACAAUAUUAGGUGCAGGCCCAGUCCUGGAGGCUUUCGGGAAUGCCAAAACAGUUCACAACAAUAAUUCCAGUAGAUUUGGUAAAUUUAUUCAAGUCAAUUAUAAACAGAAUGGAAUGGUGCAUGGUGCCAUCGUAGAGAAGUAUUUGUUGGAGAAGUCUCGCAUUGUGUUUCAAGCCAAAGAUGAAAGAAACUACCAUGUGUUCUACUAUUUACUGGCAGGUGCUGAUGAUAAAGAGAAAGAAUCUUUACAUCUGCUCAAAGCUGACCAAUACAAUUAUCUCUCGCAGAGUGCCUGUUACAGUGUUGAAGGUGUUGAUGAGAAGCAUGAGUUCUCCAGACUCAGACAGUCAAUGGAAAUGGUUGGAUUCUCACCAGAAACACAGAGAAAAAUUUUCAGUGUAUUAUCUGCUGUUCUCCACCUGGGCAAUGUGGAAUUUAAAAAAAAGGGGGAUAAACAUCACGAUGAGUCUGUUACAAUUAAAGCAGGGGACUCUGUGAGAAUAAUUUCCACAUUACUAAAGGUAAAGGAGCGCUAUGUUCUUGAAGCUUUGACGCAGAAAAAAUCAACAGCUGGUGAUGAAACAUUUGUUAUUAACUACAAGAUGGAAGAUGCUGUUGCUACUCGAGAUGCAAUGACCAAAUGUAUUUAUGGUGCUCUGUUUGACUGGAUUGUCCUAAAAGUAAACCAGGCUCUACUGGCCAAGAAACAUGAUUCAGAGCACGAAGGGGAUUCCAUUGGUGUUUUAGACAUAUUCGGCUUUGAAGAUUUUGGCAAUAACAGCUUUGAGCAGUUCUGCAUAAAUUAUGCUAAUGAGCACCUUCAGUACUACUUUAACCAGCAUAUAUUCAAGUUUGAGCAGGAAGAAUAUUUACGUGAAGGUAUACAAUGGAAAAAUAUAGAAUUUAUUGACAACACAGGAAGUCUAGAACUGUUUUCCAAACGUCCAAGUGGUCUUUUCUAUCUUCUUGAUGAAGAGUGCAAUUUCCCCGCUGCUACCAAUGAAACCCUGCUAAACAAGUUUACACAUCAUCAUAAAAGCAAUCCUCAUUACCAGGUUCCCCAGUUGAGAGAAGGCGCUUUUAGUAUUAUGCAUUAUGCUGGGAGAGUCAAAUACCUUGUGAAGGACUUUAGGGAAAAGAAUCUUGAUCUGGUGCGUCCCGAGAUAGUGGACACGUUGAAAAAAAGUAGUCUUGCUUUUGUGAGGGAAUUGAUGGGAAUUGACCCAGUUGCUGUUCUACGCUGGUCCGUAGUUCGUGCAUUUUUUAGGUGUUUCUUUGCAUUCAAGAAAGCUGGGGAAGUUUAUAGGAAAAAUGGUGGAAAAGAAAGUCGCAGGCGACAGAAAAGAGCCUCAGACCCAACACUGCAAGAUGUCUUGAAUGAUAAUUUGCUCAAUUCUGCUGCUAUGGGUGCACACCUCCAGCAGCACCACUUGGGCCAUGACCCUGCUGUCUUGCUGCAGAGGCUACACAAGGAGGAGGUAAAUGACGAGAUACUGCUGUACAGUUCCUACGGAACUAACUGCUCAGAGAGCCAGGUCAAAGUUAUGCGCAGGACCCUAAGACUGCUCACGAAAAACAAGUCUUUCAGACCCAAGCCGAGGCCUUCAUUAAGUUUUCGAGACAUAAAGGCACUCAAGGCUAUAGCCAGUCGCACCAUGCCUGGAAGUGUUAGGGGCACUGGGAGUAAAAAACAGCCUCCUACUGUUGGGGCUCAGUUUCAGUGGUCUCUCAAUUGUUUAAUGAUGACACUGAACCAAGCCAAUCCAUAUUUUAUUAGAUGUAUCAAAUCAAAUAAAGACAAGGCUCCUUGUGUUUUUGAUGAAGAGCUUGUUAUGAGACAGUUACGUUACACGGGAAUGUUGGCCACAGUCAAAAUACGUCAGUCUGGAUACAACUAUAGGAUAUUGUUGAAGGAAUUUACCCUGAUGUAUAAAAUAUUGUUACCUGUUCAAACUGAAUUUACUAAGAAUGACAUUUCCAACUUUCUGACUGCCAAAGGCCUUCAACCUGAAAACUAUCAAAUUGGCAUCAAUAAGAUUUUCUUAAGAGAAACAGAGAAACUUAAGCUUGAUGAAGCCUUGCACUCAGCCAUCAUGAAAAGAGUGAUCACAAUACAAAAAUGGGUUAAGGCUUGUUUGGAGAGGCGGUACUUCUUGCGUAUCAGAGAAUCAACUAUACUCAUGCAGAAACAUAUCCGAAGGUUCCUAGCUCAGAGAGACUUCCAGCAGUAUCAGCUGUAUCAGCUCCACACUGAGGCAGCCAUUGUCAUACAAACAAACUUCAGGAGAUACCUGGCAUGGAAACAAUUUGUUUCCACCCGCAAUGCUGUUGUAUUCUUACAGGCUUACAUCAGGACUGUCCUCAUGAGGAAAAGAUUUUUGACAUUGAAAGAAGAGAAACGUAAGAAACUGCUUCAAGAUGCAGAAAAAGAACGUUUGGAAUCAGAGAAGCGUCAGAAAGAAGAAGACAAACGAAGGUUAGAAGAAGAAUAUGAGAAAAUAGAACGUCAGGCACAGGAAUUACUUGCUAAAGACUAUGAAGAAAAGUUGGCUAAGGAAGAGAAUCAAAGUUAUGAGGAGAGACUACAGCUAGACAGGAGGAAAAAGGAGGAGCUGCAGUCUACAGCCAGUGAUGAAGGGGUGUUGAUGAAGGCACCAAGUACUGAAGAGCUAGAGGAGGAUGUUCGACUGCCCAGAAGAGAUUCUGAUGAGAGUAGUGGCAUCAUUGAAGAUUCAGAAACUGAAUCAUCGGAAGUUUUGUCCAGACCUAUUUUAGACACCCCUCCAACUACGCCACAAAGUCAAAGAAGAGACUUAAGUAAAACUACCCCCAUCAGAACUAGUCAGGAAAGGUCGAGAGGUCGAGCACAAACAUCCAGGGUCUUAGAUAGAUACAAACCUUCUCAGACUUCAGAAAUUGUGGAUGGAAGAAAAACCUUUGUCUUACCCCGAAGUUUACAUCCUACUGUAAGGCAGAAAGCAACAGCUCCUUUGGCCAGGCAGGAAUCAUUUUCAGACAGGGAACUUACAAAUGCUACACCAGAACCAAUGGACACCAGCAACCGGCCUCCUCCCAUUCACAUCCCAGAGAGGACAACUGCCUACAAUGAUAUCAACAUCAGGGACAUAGAGAAUUCCUUGGCACAGAAUAAGAAAAGAAAUGAAUUGGAGCAGCUACAGGACCAGCAAGCCUCUAGUCAUCUUAGCCCUCUACACAAAGCCAAAAAACAUUGGAAGAAUUGGAUGGGAGAGUUUAAAGGUCACCACACUCUCCCACACUCAUGCAUUCCUUCAAGUCCAGGAAAAACGUUUAAGUUUUUUAGACAUAAGAGCACUAAGAAGAAAAAAGAAGACAGUGAGGAAGAAUCUGAAGACAGUGUCUCAUCCUUAUCUCGAUACUCUGUGGAGUCCAUUGGGAUCAGUGUUCUGCCAGCUUCACCACAGAACAAAGAACCAGAGGAGCCAUCUCGCUUUAGGAGAAAUAAAAAGCAAAAUCAAAAUAAGGUGACAUCCUCAUCCCCAGCUAGAUCUCGCAGCAACAUCAGAAUUAAUGAGUGGCAGUAUGCUGACAACAUGGUCAUCUCCGAUGUAGACGAGUUGAGGAAAUUAGACCAAUUCAUUGGCCAAAAGAUCAGAGAACUGUAUGAUGAUUCAAACAGGAGAGACACAAUAUUUGAUAGGAUCUUCAAAGGAGCUCUAGAGAAGUUCAGAAAAGAUCUCAAGACUUUGAUUGCUGUUGAAGUCACAAAAGCCAAUCCAAAAGUACAGUACAAAGAAUUGUUUAAUCAGUUCCGUCAAGUUCUUACAGCUGAAAUGAAGAAAAUGACAGAUGCUCCGAUAGUCAUGUCAGUGAAUGCAUUUCGUGGGUUUCUGGAUGAGUUCCGGAAGCAGGAGGAGUCGAGGCUACGUGAGAAUAAAAAAGAUGGAAAUCGUAAUCAGAAAAAAGUUGUGAAAAAAGACAAAAAGAAAAAUGAAGAGAUUGUGGAGCAUAAUGGCCACAGAUAUAUGCAGGUAGAUUUCAACAUAGCAACCUACUGUGAAGUUUGCAGUUCCCAGAAGAGAAUCAUGGAGAAAGGAUAUGUUUGUCAAAAAUGUAAACAAGCCAUCCACAAGAAGUGUUGCAGUAAGAUGGGUGCAGCCUGUAAAGGUGUGGCAGAUAAUAAGGGUCGUCCUAAUGGACAGCUGUUUGGUGCACCACUGGAUACCUUAGUCAGUGAAAACCAGAAAAUUCCAUUAGUCUGUGAACGUCUUAUGUCAACUAUUGAAAUGACUGGCCUGUACAUGGAAGGUGUCUAUAGGAAGUCAGGGGCUGCACCAAAAGUGAAAGAGUUGCAGAAUGCUCUAGAGAUGGAUGUUGAAGCUGUCAAUUUAGAAGAGUAUCCUGUUCAUGUUUUGGCUGCAACUCUUAAGCUAUAUCUCCGUAACUUGCCAGAGCCUUUGAUGACAUUUGAACUCUAUGAUGAUUUUCUUAGGACUAUGGAAAUUAAAGAAGAGAAGGAAUUAAUUAACUCAUUAUUUGCAAUUAUUAGAAAACUUCCAAAGGCAAAUUUUGACUUGUUUGAAAGACUAGUAUUUCAUCUAGCCAGAGUGGCCAUGCAUUCAGACAGCAACAAGAUGUCACCUAAUGCUUUGGCUGUUGUUUUUGCUCCUGUCUUGCUGGGAACCAAUAAAAAACUCCAAGCCCAGGAUGCCAUUGCAUUGGUUCCACAGCAGAUGAUGUGUAUAGAAUAUGUGUUAAAAGAACAGAUGCGUACAGUCAAGUCCAAACUGGAUGAUAUUGACACAUUGGAGAGUGCUGAGAAAACUACAGGGGAGAGACUGAAUGCUGUCCGGGCAAGUCUACGUACUUCCAGGAAGUCUCCUUUGAGCAGUCCUAUUAAACAACAGUCUGUACAUGCCAACAAUGAAAAUGACAGUGAAAUUCUAGAGGAAAACUUGGAAGAUGAAGAAUACAUUGAGGAGGAUGUGAAACUAAAAAUAGAGGAGAAAGCUUUAUCCCGCCAUUUGGCCUCCAUUCACAAAGAAAAAGAUAAAAUCACCUACAAGUUACCUGCCUUAGAAACUCGCCAGGUCAGUAGUGAUGAAGACAUGUUGUCUGGAGAUGAAGUGGAUGGGGACUUAGAUGGUGAGGGUCAGAAUGAGGAGUAUGCCACAGGUUUUGAACAGCCAGUGACUAAAUCUUCAUUAAAUCAUUUAUCAAAAACUCGGACACCUGCUCCUCACAGCCGACGUUUGCCCCAAAAGUUUGCCAAGAAGGUGGCAGCAAGUACUAAGAAGCCACUAUUUGAAGACACAAGUGAAGCCUGCCUCCCAGAACCUAUUCCUGUCAUCCAAAUACGACCUCAGGCUCAGUGCUCCAAGUAUCUGAGCUCAAUGACUGUUGAAUCUAGCUAUGUGACCAUUCCAAGUGUAGCUGGGGAGGAAGAUGAGAUCAUGGUGUAGUCUUUCCCCUGGACUGAAAGAUUAUCUGCUUGUUGAUGUUAGGACAUAGUCUCCCUUGAUUUAGGAGAUUAUGGUUGAGUCAUUUCCUGCUAUCAGUCUUAUCUGCCACUGAUGUUAACACAGACAUUUCAUACACUUUUUCUGUGCAUGUUGAGUUCUUAUAAUUAUUCAGUUUUUUUAAUGUAUUGUUGUACUCUUGUCAUAACUACAAAAUGUAGUUUGCUUAAAAAUUCUUGUCUACAAGUAUCUUUUGUACCAUACACUGACCUAUAUACUAUGUAGAAAGGAUACUUGUUUGUAUUUUGCUGGUCAUUCCCAUGACAUAGUGGCUUUAGAAGAAGGGAGUAUGAUUGUAAAAAGAGGUGCAUCUAGUGUGUUUUUGAGUCUUAGUUCUUGCUGCAUGUAUCUGCAUACUAACUUUUUCAGCUCCUUGAUAUUUUGUGUACGCAGUCAUUCCUGGGAAUACCAUUUCUAAUAGUAAAAAUCUUGUUCGUGCAUUUUUUUUUUCAUCUUUUGUUGCAGGCUUCUUAACAACAUCAACAAAACUUGUCUACUGUGAUAUCCUCAAUCUCAUGGCUACUUUCACAUUUUCUAGUAGGAUUGACCUAGAUUAAUGUAUAUGAUGGUUCUGUGACUUUGUUCUGUGACUUUUAGUUUGCUGUAGACCUUCAGGUUGAACAUUGUUCACAUUUGUUGUCACUUACAUACUUAGAAAUAUUGUUGAGUCAAUGUUCUAAUCAACAUGUCAUCCUUCUAGUGUCCACUUAUUUAUAAACCAAACAUGUCUCCUUUAUUUAUUGCAGUCAUGAAAAAUGUAGACAUAUUUAUAUAUUAUAUAUAUAUAUAUAUAUAUAUAUAUAUAUAUAUAGACUACCUGUGUAUCUAUUUAUAAAUGCAUGACUAUUUUUGAGACUGUAUAUAGAGGUUAUGUAUAUUGUAACAAAAUUUUUUUUUUUAUUGUUCAUUUCAUUAUAUUUUUUCUGUUUCAACUUUCCAGAUUGGUGCCUUUAUAAUUUUGAUGAGUGAUACUAGAAUGCCUUUUUAAAAAAAAUCUGUUUUCUGUGUGUUUUUAUAUUGAUUUCAUGUAAUUUUUUCAAAUGAAAUAUUUCAAUAUUUUUGUUGAAAUGAAAUAUAAUCUACUUAAAGAUCUGUCAGUGCUUUGUUGAGGCUGGUUAUAUUGAGCAGAAUCCAUACACUACAGAACAUACAGUAUAUCAAGACAUAGUCACGCUUAGAAAAACAAGAAGCAGUCAGUAUACACUUGAACAUGGUCCAUUGUCACCAGAAGUAAACUUUAAGCUGAACUUGUCCAUUGUCACUUUGUCAAUGAGUAUGUUAGCAUGCACAGGCUAUUGUGGUAAUACAUUUAUUCAUCUUGUAUUUAUUCAAUAUAAAUUUUAUUUUUAUAUGUAAAUGAUUUUAAUUUUCAACAGUUGAAGAAUUGGAAACAUUUCUGAAAACUUAAUGACUUUUUCUGUUUUCUUGGGCUUGACAAAAGUAAGUGUGGUCCAUUUCUCCUGAGGCAGCCAGUCCUAGACAAAGUUUAAUGAAGGCUGCGUGUAGAAAUGUAUAAAUGUUUGAUUUAAAAAGUAACUCAUUAGAUUUACUGGUCUGAACAAAACAUUUGGGCAGCUAGUGGGGACGGUCUAGAGAAAUGGUUGGCUCUUUCAUGUUCUUCAUUGAGAUUGUUGUCAUAAUUCCUUUCUAUCUGCUGUUUGGUUGCGUUGACCAAAGGCUAGCUCUUGUAAAUAGAUAUUUAUUUGCUUUACUUUUUUUUUUUGUUAUGCCAGAUGAGAUUUUGUUUUGUUCUCUUGAGUUUGUUUUAGAAACCUUGAUGUACACAUUUUGUUGAAUCUUGAGAUUACAUAAUUCUUUUGUCUUUUUUUUUGUAUGUAAAUUUUUAAAAAUGCUUUAAUGUCUAUGUUUUGCCUGAUAAGCUAUACACACAUGCUAAUGUACUAGUGUGUAGACUAUAUUACACUAGGUAUCACACACAUUCUUAUGUAGCAGUGUGUAGACUGUUGGUGAGGUGGCUGAGCAGUAAAGCACUUGACUUCCAAACCGAGGGUCCCGGGUUCGAAUCCUGGUGAAGACUGGGAUUUUUAAUUUCUGGAUCUUUGGGCGCCUCUGAGUUCACCCAGCUCUAAUGGGUACCUGGCAUAAGUUGGGGAAAGUGAAGGCAGUUGGUUGUUGUGCUGGCCACAUGACACCUUUGUUAACUGUAUGCCACAUAAACAGAUGACCUUUACAUCAUCUCUGCCCUUUAGAUCACAAGGUCUGAAAGGGGAACUUUACUUUUUUAGUGUGUAGACUAUAAUACAGACACUAGAUAUCACACACAUACUUAUGUAUUAGUGUGUAGUCUAUAUUACAGACACUAGGUAUAACACACAUACUUAUGUACUAGUGUGUGGACUAUACUACAGACAAUAGAUAUCACACACAUACUAAUGUAAUAGUGUUGAAUUUGCACAAACAUAUAUCAUAGAGCUUACAUACACACAAUAUUACAGACAUUGUACAUAUAUAAAUUUAAAAAUAUAUAGACUCUAGAAAUAAUUUUUGAAAUGUGAUUACCCAUACAUUUUAAGUUAAGAUUAAUUUACUUUCCUCAAGAUUUAGAAGGGUAGAUAACUUCUUAUACAAUUAACUUAACAGCCAAGCUUGUAGUAAAAAGAUAUCAUCUCAUAUGGGCAUGUACAAUUCAAUGAAGAUAUGCUCAUCAGUCAAAUAAACAAAAAUUGUACCCUACUCGCCAUAACAAGCAUUCAGUUGGUUAAGAUCACAACAGUGAGAUAUUUCUAUUUCAUAAAGCAACAAUUUUGACAUCCAAGAUUUUAUUAUAUGUUUAUUCACAAUCGUGAGAAUCAUUUUGUGAACCAAUAAAUUGUAUUCUCUUUAGAAUUAUAGAAUAAUAAUGUUUGCUCUUGGAGACAUUAUCUAAACAGGGCAUCAUUCAAAGAUAUUCAGACUAAAUAGCUCUAAAUUUACUUAGUAUUGGAAGAGAAGUCUAAUUUAUUUAUGUAUAAAACUUGAGAUGUCAAGCAUGUGUCUAGUCUACCUGGCAUAGCAACAAAAUGUAUUACUUAUUGUUACAAAAUGUUUUUUCCAUGAGCUCUUUAAAAAUGAUUUUAUGUCAACAGUUAUAUUUAGUCUUGUUUUCAUCUUUGGUUGAUCGCAGCAAUUGUUCAGGCUGUAGGCCAGAGUGUAGGCCAUAAUCCUGUGUAUAAUUUUCAGCUUUUGGGUAUUGGCUUUUGGUCAUUGCAUUGGAAUAUUUGGGCAUUACCAGGGCAGACUGUUGAUACAACACAUUUAGGACAAACCUUGUUUCUGUUCACUGCCAUUGUGUUUUAUUUGUGUGAUAAGUGGGAAGUUCUGCUGUCUGUGAACAUGUUGCCAUGGUUACUAUUUGGGCUUCAUUGAAUGACUCUCUUUUUUUCUCUCCAUUAUUUAAUGAGAAGUCUUCAGCUCUGCAUUACUUGUACCGAUGUGAUGGAGAAGUUUUGAUUUGAAGUUGGCUACUGGAAAUAUCACUUCUUGACUUCUUACACAAUAACUCUUCUAAUAGCUCGCCAUAGAAACUAUUUAUGAACAACAAAAAAAUUGAAAAAUUUGCCAUUUCAUUAUUUCAUCAAACCUGUUCAGAGCUUAUAAAUUUGUUAUGAGAAGUCUUCAGCUCUGCAUUACUUGUACCGAUGUGAUGGAGAAGUUUUGAUUUGAAGUUGGCUACUGGAAAUAUCACUUCUUGACUUCUUACACAAUAACUCUUCUAAUAGCUCGCCAUAGAAACUAUUUAUGAACAACAAAAAAAUUGAAAAAUUUGCCAUUUCAUUAUUUCAUCAAACCUGUUCAGAGCUUAUAAAUUUGUUUUAAGUUCCAAUUAUAUAUAUAUAUAUAUUAUAUACACAAACUUCCAUUCAUUAAAUCUACUGCAGGAAGUAAUGCUCCUUGCAUUGGAAGCAAUUGACUCGAUCCUACCAUUGUCUUUUAUUUUCUUGUACAGAAGAGUUCAUAAUUUGAGUGGAAACUGUAGACCAGAAAUAUUUCUUGAUUGAAGAAACACCAAUCUAAUUAUGAAAUACAAAUCUGGAAUUGUAGCCUACUUGAUACACAUUAGGAAAAAAAAAAGCAACAUCUUUUAUAUUAGAAUAGGGUACAACUUUGAUUGAUUCAGGUCCUUGGUGAUUCAUAAAAGCUUGCUCCUAUUGGGUGCAGAGAUACUUAUGUUGGGUGUAUAGAUGCAUUGAGUAGACAUCUACAUGUGUUGGAUAAGUCUACGUGUAUUGAAUGCACAAUUACAUGUGUUGGGCAAGUGUCUAUGUGUAUUGAAUGCACAAUUACAUGUGUUGGGCAAGUGUCUACGUGUAUUGAAUGCACAAUUACAUGUGUUGGGCAAGUGUCUAUGUGUAUUGAGUGCACAGCUCCACACAAUGGGCGAGUGUCUACAUGUAUUGAGUGCACAACUAUAUGGAUUAGAUGUGUCUACGUGUAUUGAGUUCACAGCUGCAUGUAUUAGGGUACAGGGCAACAUAUAUAUAUGUUAUAUAGAAACAACAUUAAGUCUCUCUUACAUAUGUCCAUACAAAACUUGAUAUGUGAUGGUUCACUCCCCUCCCCUCCUGCUAUAAUAUGUACAUAGAUCAUUGAAAACUAGCCCCCCCCCUACGUACUGAGGUAUAUCCAAUGUUUUCCUUACCAGAUGGAUAGUAACACCAUAUCUUUUGAUGUCAUUGUUAUAGACUAGCCAUUGUCUUUGUAAUCACCAUGUCAUUCGUGCUUAGUGUGGGCUGUCGGAUGAAAGUGUUGACUGCAGGUUGACCUUCUCAUUUUUGUGUUUAGCUAGAUGACUUUGUUUAGCAAUUCUCUGACUGUGUACUAGAUGACUUGUUUAGCAAUUCUCUGACUGUGUACUGGCUUGUUCUGUGGGAGUUGAUAUUAUUCCAUUCAUUGUAUCGCCAUCAUCACUUGUUGUGUUACUUGAUGGAAAUAAAACAAAUCAUGCCA